AGGGCAGCCUAGCGGUGACCCGGGUUUCCCAGCCGGCGGGUUUAGGACGCGGCACCCGGAAGUGGCGACUGGAGCGGGAGCGCUGAGUUGUCGGGCGGCGGGACAGCGGCCCGGAAUAGGGGGCGGGGGCGUUGGUCAUGUUUCCCUUCGGGCCCCACAGCCCGGGCGGGGACGGGGCGGCUGGAGCCGAGGAGCCGCCGCCUCUCGGAGGGCCGGCGGCAGCUUCCAGACCGCCCUCUCCAGCUCCGCGGCCGGCGCCUCCGCAGCAGGGAGCUGACGCGGCCCCUCCCCCGCCGGCAGCCCGGAGCCCUCGCCUCCCGGGCGGCCCCGCACUGUCCCCGGCCGAGUGCGCCGGGGAGCUCGUGGCCGCCGGAGCUCUGGAGUUGUCCGCCGCCGCGCACACGGAGCUGUCACCGUCCUCCUCGCCGCGCAGGCGCUCGAGGCCGGACUGCAGGGCGGGCAACCGGAGCCGGCAGGGCCUCAGCGCGGGCCCGAGCGGCCCCGGCGCCAGACUGUUCGGGUGGCUGAGAGAGCGAAGCCUCGGCCGCGGGCUGUUCGUGGACCCCGCGCGGGACAAUUUCCGCACGAUGACGAACCUGUACGGUUCCAUCCACCCCGCAGACUCCGUGUACCUCAGCACCCGCACCCACGGUGCCGUCUUCAACCUCGAGUAUUCGCCCGACGGGUCAGUGCUGACAGUUGCUUGUGAACAGACUGAAGUUCUGCUUUUUGACCCUAUUUCUUCAAAGCACAUAAAAACCCUUUCUGAAGCGCAUGAAGACUGUGUGAAUAAUAUCAGAUUUCUUGAUAACCGGCUAUUUGCUACCUGCUCUGAUGAUACUACAAUAGCACUAUGGGAUCUGAGAAAACUGAACACCAAAGUAUGCACUUUACAUGGUCACACUAGCUGGGUGAAGAACAUCGAAUAUGAUACUAAUACAAGACUCUUAGUAACAUCAGGAUUUGAUGGAAAUGUCAUUAUUUGGGACACUAACAGGUGCACAGAAGAUGGGUGUCCACAUAAGAAAUUCUUUCAUACACGUUUUCUCAUGCGAAUGAGAUUAACACCGGAUUGUUCCAAAAUGUUGAUCUCGACAUCCUCUGGAUAUCUCUUGAUUUUGCAUGAUCUGGACUUAACUAAGUCUUUAGAAGUAGGCAGCUAUCCCAUUUUGAGAGCAAGAAGAACUACUUCAAGUUCAGAUUUGACCACUUCAUCAAGUUCUUCUGGUUCUAGAGUUUCUGGUUCCCCUUGUCAUCACAGUGAUUCUAACUCAUCUGAGAAACACAUGUCACGAGCCUCUCAACGAGAAGGAGUUUCACCACGAAAUAGUCUUGAAGUCUUAACCCCUGAAGUUCCUGGCGAGCGAGACCGUGGAAACUGCAUCACAUCCUUACAGCUGCACCCCAAAGGCUGGGCCACCCUUCUUCGGUGCUCAAGCAACACUGAUGAUCAGGAGUGGACUUGUGUCUAUGAAUUCCAAGAAGGAGCUCCAGUACGACCUGUCUCACCUCGCUGUUCCCUGCGGCUGACUCAUUACAUCGAAGAAGCCAAUGUAGGCAGGGGCUACAUCAAAGAACUUUGCUUCAGCCCUGAUGGACGAAUGAUUUCUUCCCCACACGGCUAUGGGAUUCGCUUGUUGGGAUUUGACAAACAGUGCAGUGAGCUUGUUGACUGUCUACCCAAAGAAGCUAGUCCUCUACGGGUGAUUCGAUCUCUGUACUCUCAUAAUGAUGUGGUCCUGACAACAAAGUUCUCUCCAACACAUUGCCAGAUUGCCUCAGGGUGCCUUAGUGGGCGGGUCUCUUUGUAUCAGCCAAAGUUUUAGGCACAACUUACAUCAAAUAAGGAACUCUUCUGGUGUUUGGCUUAUGAAUUACUUCAAUUUAAGUGAAGUAUUUUCUUUUUUAGAAGAUCUUAUAAGUUUGGGUCAAGAUCUUGUUCUUAUAGGUUGGUGGACACACAUAUGACCCAAGUCCUUGCCAUCCAUCCAGCGUCAUCUGGGCAUCUCCAUUUCAACCAUGCAGCACCGUUGUUUCGGCAUUCCUUUGCUCCUGCCGUCUGUGCCGCUGAGCGUGGGUAUCCUGGUCAUUUCGCAUGUGCCUCUUGUUCUCUCUCCCACCCCUGUUUCCACCACUCCUCCCUGCUUCCCUUCUGCUCUUUGAUUUUGGUAUGAAUUUUGUGGACAUUGACAAGAGUCGUGGUUGGGAUGAGGAAAAACCCGUAGCACUAGUACUAAAUAAAACCUAGAAGCUGGAUGUUGGCACACCAGUUGUUGAAAAAAAGAAAGUUUAUCUUCAUUUAUCAGUACACUUGGCCUUUAAAGUUGCUGUCAAAUAUUGAGCACAGAUAAUGGCAUUAUUCUCAUAACCGAUACUCUUGCAACAAAAUAUCUUUUUUUAAUUUCCUGUUAAAAUUACACAAGUUAUCUCAUGUGAGAUUUUUGUUGUGAAAUUCUAGAAAAAUACUACAACUUCUUUGUAAUUUAUUUUACUUGUAUGAAUUUAAAAUCUCCAGCAUGUGUCUUUGUUAUUUUGUUCCUGUCUCCAGCAUUGGAAAGGAAAGGAAAAAGCUUGGUCACUUCUGUUGUCAGAAGAGUUAUUCAUUAGGGUGGUGCAGUAUCUGGUCAUAGAGUGAGAAGAUUAAUGUGGCUUAGAUUGACUUUGAUUCUUUGAAUCCCACAGAUGAGCUGUUCCUAGUAAUGGGGUGGAGGGAUGGCAGAGAUUUAUUUUAUUGUCAUUGUUCUUCAGCCAGAGAUCAUAAGCUCACCAUUAGUAAGAAGGGAACUGUAGUCCUUUUUAAGCCGUUGUCAUAAAAGUGAUGGUCUGACUUGAGUAGCAGUGUCUUAGAUUGGUUAUGGAAAGUAUCAGACAAGGUGACUCCUGUCUUGAAUGGGCACUAUCCUUCCGGUCUCUGCUACAUUGAUUGGCACUGUGUUGACAUAUGCUAGAAGCUGAACAAUUUAAGCCAUGCAGUAGCCUUGCUCUCUUUGGUCACAUGCCCUUUAAGCCAGUGUUUCUCAAAUAUUAGGAUGCAGUAUAAUCCUUGAAGGAUUUGUGAAAAAUGCAGGAAUUUAGGCCUGACCUCAGAAGACUGAUUUAGGUAGGUCAAGGACAGGACUCUUUACAGAACCAUAAUCAUCUGUAUCCAGGUGGUCUCUAGGUCAUAGCUUGAAAACAACCUGAAAUUGCAGUAGGUAUUACUGUAUCUAUUUGGUGCUUAACGCAAUUCCCACAAGAUGUUUCAACUGUUUAAACAGUAAGAAUAGUAAAUUGACAAUAGUAAUCUUAGGGCAGCAAAUAACUUGAAGUAGUAUUUAUUUCAUUGUUGGACAAAUGAAAGAAAGUUAAAUGAUUUGCCUAAGAUCAUAUAAAGUUAGUGGUAAAGUCAGGGCUUCAAUUCAAGUCUCUUAAUUCCUUGCUCAGGGCAGUUUCUACUGUAUUAUGCUGGCUGUUAAAAACAUCAGUGACUAUGAGCAUUUGUUGUUGUGAAUAAAAUAAUCAGAUUAAAAAAGGCAAGUAUAGCAGUAGAUGCUGAGAGUUUUAUCCAUAGCAAAAAGAAAAUAUUUUAAUACUUACAGAAAUGUUUAAACAACCCAAAUACAUGAAUAAAUACACAGUUCUUCAUAGUGUCCAUUAGCCACUCCAGGAAAGUCUUUAAAAAUUAGAUCUUCUUGCUGGGUGUUGGUGGUGCACGCCUUUAAUCCCAGCACUUGGGAGGCAGAGGCAAAUGGAUCUCUGUGAGAUUGAGGCCAGCCUGAUCUACAAGUUCCAGGACAGCCUCCAAAGCAAUACAAAGAAACCCUGUCUCGAAAGACAACAACAAAAUUAGGUCUUAUCAUAGAUGUUGAAAAAGCUGGAAAUUUUGUAGUCGUUGAAAAAACAAAAAAGCAUACUGAAAAUCACAGGCUUGCUUCCAUGGCUUUGAAAAAAAUUUCCCCAAAGGCUAUAGUUUAGGAGGAAAUAUUACAA